AUGUCGAUGUCUUCUUCCAUUAUUAAUCAUGUCGACCAAGAAGCUACAAAUAUGGAAGUACCACGGGCAGAAGCGGAAGAAGCAGCCGACAAUGGCGCCAUGGCGUUUUUGCCCAAUUGCAUCCUUAAUCUACUGGAUUCUAUCCGCGGCCUAUUGAUCGAUUAUUACCCUCAAACAUUUGGCGCUGUAGACAUGCCCCCAUCCCCAAUCAGCUUUAUAAUUACUAGUUUGUAUGCUUUUGCGGAAAUGAAGUCGCAGGGAUCUGAUUUCCCUUUUACAACGCACCCUGGGUUCGUUAAUGUAGCCCUUAUCUGUCUCAUCUUAUAUGGCCUGGCUUCUGCAUCAGAGCAUUUCAUUUCUGCCAUAUUUCCCGGUUCGUUUUAUGCCAUCAUUGUACGACUGGUAAGGAUUGGUUGUUUGUGCACUAUGGUGAUAUGUUUGGCAUCUUUAUUUUGUUUUUGA